AUGAGUCCCUUAAUCUGAGUAACCCUUAUCAUAAGCCUUACAACAAGCACAAUCAUCAUCAUAACCAGCCACCAUUGACUUCUCGCCUGACUAGCCCUAGAACUAAACACCUUAAGCAUUCUACCUAUCAUUAUACGCUCAAACCACCCACGAACAACCGAAGCAACAACAAAAUACUUCCUCAUCCAAACCACUGCAGCCGCACUAAUUCUACUUGCAAGCACAAUAAACGCCUGACAAACAGGCUCCUGAGACAUCAUACAAUCCUUCUCCCCACUCGCCACCACCAUCAUCACUAUAGCCAUCAUAAUAAAACUCGCCAUCGCCCCAGCACACCUAUGAUACCCCGAAAUCCUCCAAGGCACCACCAUAACCACAGCACUAAUCAUCUCAACAUGACAAAAAAUCGCCCCCCUAACACUACUCUACCUACUAAUCAACCACCUCUCAACAAAUACUAUAUUACUACUAGGCGUUACAUCCGCCCUUCUAGGAGGCUGAACCGGUCUAAACCAAACCCAAACACGAAAAAUCAUAGCCUUCUCAUCCAUCUCCCACAUAGGCUGACUAAUUACAGCCCUAUGCCUAAGCCCCAGCCUAUCUACUCUAACCAUAAUCACCUACAUAGCCAUGACAACAACAAUAUUCCUCUCCUUAGCCGCAUCCUCAUCAAAAACACUAUUAGACCUAGGAACCUCAUGAACCCACUCACCCAUCCUACUAACAACUACAAUAUUAACCCUACUCUCCCUAGCAGGACUACCCCCUCUAACCGGCUUUAUGCCAAAACUACUAAUCCUAAAAGAACUUGUAACAAUAAAACUACUAGCCCUCAGCACAAUACUAGCCCUCACAAGCCUCCCAAGCCUAGCCUUCUAUACCCGCAUAGCCUACCUAACAACUCUAACAAACCCCCCUAACACAACAAACUCAGAGUACAAAUGACGAUUCAAAACCCCCAUAUCACCACUUACCCCAACAACAGCUCUACUAACAACACUAACCCUACCCAUAACCCCACUACUAUACCUCACCACCUAG